AUGUCAUCACCAUUUACUGUUCCUGACUGCAGUCAACAAGUGUCUAGAAGAGUUGCGGACAGCGGGGUUAUUGUUCCCACGAAAAUCGCUCACGCAAACCCUCACCUUCGAAUGAACCUUAUCGAAGGCCAACUUGAAUUAAUGCCGGUUCUCAAGGAAACGAAUGCAAGGGAAUCUGAAGUCAUUACGCAAUUGGGUAUCUGGUGUCGUGCUAACAGGAACCUGGUUGGACAGGGUGGUGCUUCCCAG